AUGGAAGUCAUUGAGCUGGGAGAAGUCGACCUGAACUGUGCUUCCAACUGCCAAAUUCAUAAUACCCAUUUCUUCGGAACUGACAGACAGAUAAUAAGGAGAGGGCAAGCCUUCAGCUUUUAUGCUCGCUUCCAAAAUCGGGAAUGGGAUGACUCCGUGGACCAGGCCAUUUUCACCGUGGAAACAGGCCUCAGACCCUGCGAAUCAAAUGAGACAAAAUGUACCUUCCCAAUGGGCAGAUGUCUAGAUCAAACCUGCUGGAGUGCUUCCUACAAAAUUCAUCAGCCAAAAUGCAUCAAUAUCAGCGUGUUUCCUCCCUCCAACGCCUGCAUUGGCCGUUAUAUUCUCAAUAUGCAAAUCACAUCUUGUGGUCACACAUAUCAGCGAUGUCUUGGAGAUUUUUAUGUCCUUUUUAACCCUUGGUGUGCAGAUGACCCUGUAUAUAUGGACAAUCAGGCCCAUAGAGAUGAAUACGUUCUGAAUGAACAUGGGAUACUGUAUGAAGGAGUUCAUAAGCAUAUUACCUCUCGACCAUGGCACUUUGGACAGUUUGAAGAUGGGAUUCUGGAUAUCUGCUUGAAGAUCCUAGACAUGGGUGCGAGUUACCAUCAUGGCUCUGAUCGUGACCAUUGUUGGCGCAAUGAUCCUGUGCAUGUCAGCAUGGUGGUAAAUCACAUGAUAAGCAGCCAUACCACUAACAGUAUCAUGAAGAUUCCAGAAAACAAUGAUUACCUGAAAGGAACAAAACCAUUUUCCUGGAAUGGAAGUGUCCCUAUUCUUCAGCAGUGGUACAACGGCAGAUGCAGGCCAGUCAGAUAUGCGUAUUGUGGGUCUCUUGCUUCAGUAAUGUGCACAGUGAUGAGGUGUUUGGGAAUUCCAAGCCGCGUUGUCACGAACUUCUGUUUUCCAUGCUCAAUUGAGAAUCCCCUUGGUAUCAAUGAGAUUUUUGACUGUACUGGAAAAAACCUGUGUGGUAAAGACAAGCUAUGGCGAUAUCACUGCUGGAAUGAAUCUUGGAUGGCUCGCAGAGACCUAAAUCAAUGCUGUGGUGAUUGGCAGUGUCUGGAUCCAACGCCUUUGGAAACGGGCAGAGGUUCAGCUUGCAGCGGUCCUACAUGGGUUCGAAGCAUCAGAGAAGGGGAACUGGACUUGGACUAUGAUGGUCAUCAUGUGUUUUCUCGAGUAAAUUCAAACUACGUUGGCUGGCUUUCCCAAAACAAUGCCAAAAAAACAAAAUUUUUCUGUGACGCUUGGCCAUGCGGACAACAUCUAAUCACCAAGAGUGUUGGCAGUGAGCAAUUUGAAGAUAUCACUGGGACUUACAAGUAUGAACUAGGUUCUGUGAAAAACAAAGAAGCCUAUUACCGGGCUUACAGAAGAAUUCAUCCAGGGUACUGCAAUGCUUCCAACUGUCAUAUUGAGAGAGAGUUAUCAUCCCUGAAAAACCCAUUUUUGAGUGACUCUGGUAUUAACAUGAGGUUAAAGAUGGCUAACUGCCCAAUGUAUGGUGAAGAUGUCCAACUGCACUGGUUGCUUGAAAAUUUGCGUAGUGAAAACAAAAACCUGAAGUUUAAUUUGUGCGCACAAAUAAUAACCUACAGUGGUUGCCCAAUGGACCAAUUUUGGAAAGACAGUGUGAAUGUCACAUUGGGUCCGAGGGAAGUGAAAAAAAUUCCACUGUGUAUAUCAUAUAGUCAAUAUGGACCUUAUCUCUGUGAUCACAACAUUAUGAAAGUAGUUGCUGUCUCAGACCCAGAGUGUGGAGAAGUUCUGAUGGUGAGCCGGGAUAUCGUGGUCAACAGGCCACCUGUUAUUGUAAAGCUACUGAGCCAGCCCAGGCUGAAAGUACCAUGUACUGCAGAGAUCUCCUUCUGCAAUCCUCUUCAGGAAGAUAUGAAGAACUGCGUAAUGACGUUAGAAGGCUGUGGUUUAUUCAAAGAGCCGAUGACCAUUGAUUUGGGAACGCUGGCAUCCAACCAACAGGCACGGACCAUCGUAGAGUUCACGCCUUACAGGCUUGGCAGCCACCGGCUCCUGGCCAACUUCGGAUGCCACAAGUUUGCCUACUGCAAGGGAUGCGCCAAGGCCGAAGUGUGUUGCCCUGCAGGCCAGAACGGCACCCUGCCCGUCAGCCAGAACGGGUCACUCCCGGUGUGUGAGAAUGGCUCCCACCCCAUGAACAGCUCUGGGCCUGUCCCUGUGGCAGACCCUGCGUUCAACUCCAUGUGUGAAUAUAUAUGUAUCCCAGUGUGCAACCCAAACUGCAGUGCAGGGGGCCAGCCUGUGUACGACUUCGUGUACCUCCCUGCAGGCCAUCCCCUAUGCAACUCCAUCUGCAACCAAGGCUUCAAUCCAAGUGCCAAUCCUGGUUUCGACCUGGGAUGUGACCCUGGCUUCCGUGUCAUAUGCGAGACUGUGCCUCCAGCUGCAUGCGCCCCGAUGCCUCCGUCUGUGUACGGCUCCAUGCCUGCCCCAACAUCCAACCCCGUGUGCCCCCCUAUGCCUCACGUGGUGUUUGAGACAGGUCCUGCUCCUGCACACCAGCCUGGAGGCGGAGGGGGGCCGAUGUCCUACUCUGUCUCUGUCCCCGCAAAUAAUGCG